UGCAAAUCAAAAACUUUCAAGAUCUACAAGAAACACAAACACACAUGUUUUAGCUGAGCGUUGAAUGACGACGUGCUUUUUCAGCCUUUGGUCUGUUAUCAUUUAGAUGACAGCAUGGAUCAAAGAUGGGACACACUGGUGGGUACUAUAGACCCAGUUAUACUGGAAGCUGUCUCGGCUUUAAACUUCACAAACAUGACUCCAGUACAGGCUGCCUGCAUCCCUCAGUUUGUACGCAACAAGGAUGUGGCAGUGGAGGCCGUCACUGGCAGUGGCAAGACUUUAGCUUUUGUGGUCCCCAUGAUGCAGAUGCUGUGCAAGAGAGAGAUACCUUUGAAGAAACAUGAGGUCGGAGCCAUUGUCCUCACGCCAACUCGAGAGUUGGCCUUCCAGAUCAUGGAGGUCGUGUCACACUUCAUCAAGUUUUUACCACAGUUUACUUCAAACCUGUUGAUUGGAGGAGUUAAUCCGCAGGCUGACUUGGACAGGUUAACGACCAGUGGUGGUCACAUCCUGAUUGCAACUCCUGGGCGAUUGGAGGACCUAUUUCAACGGAAGGAGUCAGGGUUCAGCCUACCUGCAAGUGUAAAAGCCCUGGAAGUUCUUGUCUUAGAUGAGGCAGACAGACUUCUGGAUAUGGGAUUUGAAACAAGCAUCAACACUAUCCUGAGCUACCUGCCGAAGCAGCGACGGACAGGGCUGUUUUCAGCCACACAGACAGAUGAAGUAGCCAAGCUGAUUCGGGCAGGUCUACGCAACCCUAUGCAAAUCACGGUCAAAGAGAAGCAGAAUCGCAUGGGUCUCAGCCAGAGGACUCCCACUACUUUGAAGAAUUAUUACAUGUAUGUGGAGGCAGACGAGAAGUUCAACCAGCUCGUACAUUUCUUGCAGCAACACAAGCAGGAGAAGGUGAUGGUGUUCUUCAGCACCUGUGCCUGUGUGGACUACUUCUCCAAAUGUGUCCAGCAGUAGGUUCGAUCUCUAAAAAUAAUGUGGUUACACACCCCCCUAAACAAGACAUUUUCUGCAUUUAGACAAAUGAAGAGUGGGGUUCUCAUGUGCACUGAUGUAAUGGCUCGAGGGGUGGACAUUCCAGAUGUGAACUGGGUGAUGCAGUACGAUCCUCCCAGCUCCGCAAGUGCAUUUGUACACCGGUGUGGUAGGACUGCCCGCAUUGGUAACCAAGGCAACGCACUGGUGAUGCUCCUGCCCACUGAGGAUGCUUAUGUCAAGUUCAUCGAAAUUAACCAGAAAGUACCUCUCACGGAGAUGCCUAAACAGACAGAUGUGCAGGAAAUGUCCACAAGAAUACAGACAAUUGCAGUGAAUGACAGAGCAGUUUAUGAGAAAGGCUUGAGAGCGUUUGUGUCCUUUAUCCAAGCUUACGCCAAACAUGAAUGCAGUUUGAUUCUCAGAGUGAAAGAUCUAGAUUUUGGUCGUUUAGCCCAAGGCUUUGGAUUGCUUCAUGUGCCAAAGAUGCCUGAACUGAAGGGGAAGACAUUGACAGCCUUCCAGCCCAUUGAGGUGGACACGUCGACCAUACCGUUCAAGGAUAAGUCUCGGGAGAAAAUUAGGCUGGAGAAAGCUGCGUCUGAGCCUGUGGUCAAGAAGGCCAAAUUGACACGACCACCAAGUUCAGAAGCAUGGUCCAAACAUAAGGAGAAAAAGGAGAAACGAAGAAAGAAAAAGGAAGACAGGAAGACAAAGUCCUUGAAACGGAAGGCACGGGAUUCUCCGGAGGAAGAAGAAGAGGAUUUCGAAGACGAUAUUCGCCUGAUCAAAAAACUGAAGAAAGGAAAGAUUUCAAAAGAUGAGUUCAACAAAGAAUUUGCUGGAGAUGUGUCUGAUUAACUACAGAGGGCCCCAAGUCAUUUCAAUAAAAAGUGCAUAUAUGUGAACAAACACUU